AGAGAGAGAGAGAAUCCAUUGGUUUAGAAGGUUUGGUCUGACUUGACAGGUUCAGUUGGAGCCGAUCAUAGGUGGCCGCUGUGACAAAGGGAAAUUGUGCUUUUCCAGCAUGCUUACUGACCCUGAUUUACCUCAGGAGUUUGAAAGGAUGUCUUCCAAGCGACCAGCCUCUCCGUAUGGGGAGACAGAUGGAGAGGUAGCCAUGGUGACAGGCAGACAGAAAGUGGAAGAGGAGGAGAGCGAGAGGCUCCCAGCCUUCCACCUUCCCUUACAUGUGAGUUUCCCCAACAAGCCUCACUCUGAGGAAUUUCAGCCAGUUUCUCUGCUGACGCAAGAGACGUGCGGUCCUAGGACCCCCCCUGCUCAGCACAGCACCAUGGAAGUCGAUGGCAAUAAAGUUAUGUCUUCAUUGGCCCCUUACAACUCAUCUACCUCACCUCAGAAGGCAGAAGAAGGUGGGCGACAGAGCGGUGAGUCUGUGUCCAGCACAGCCCUGGGGACUCCUGAGCGGCGCAAGGGCAGCUUAGCGGAUGUGGUGGACACCUUAAAGCAGAGGAAGAUGGAAGAACUCAUCAAGAAUGAGCCGGAAGAUACCCCCAGUAUUGAAAAGCUACUCUCAAAGGACUGGAAAGACAAGCUCCUGGCAAUGGGAUCAGGGAACUUUGGAGAAAUAAAAGGGACUCCAGAGAGCCUUGCUGAGAAGGAACGACAGCUCAUGGGGAUGAUCAACCAGCUGACCAGUCUUCGAGAGCAACUCCUGGCUGCCCAUGAUGAGCAGAAGAAACUGGCUGCAUCUCAGAUAGAGAAACAGCGCCAGCAGAUGGAGCUGGCCAAGCAGCAGCAGGAGCAGAUCGCGAGGCAGCAGCAGCAGCUUCUGCAACAACAACACAAAAUCAACUUGCUUCAACAACAGAUCCAGCAGGUUCAAGGUCAGCUGCCGCCACUGAUGAUCCCCGUGUUCCCUCCUGACCAGCGGACCCUUGCUGCAGCUGCGCAACAAGGAUUCCUCCUUCCUCCUGGCUUCAGCUACAAGGCUGGGUGUAGUGACCCUUACCCUGUUCAGCUGAUCCCAACCACCAUGGCAGCUGCUGCUGCUGCAGCGACACCAGGCUUAGGCCCACUCCAGCUGCAGCAGUUCUAUGCUGCCCAGCUAGCCGCAAUGCAGGUUUCUCCAGGAGGGAAGCUCCUAGGCCUACCCCAAGGCAACCUUGGUGCUGCCGUGUCUCCUACCAGCAUUCACACAGCCAAGAGCACAAACAGCCCACCACCCAAAAGCAAGGAUGAAGUGGCCCAGCCACUGAACCUAUCAGCUAAACCCAAGACCUCUGAUGGCAAAUCACCCACAUCACCCACCUCUCCCCACAUGCCAGCUCUGAGAAUAAACAGUGGGGCAGGCCCCCUCAAAGCCUCUGCCCCAGCAGCAUUAGCUAGUCCUUCAGCAAGAGUUAGCACAAUAGGUUAUUUAAAUGACCAUGAUGCUGUCACCAAGGCAAUCCAAGAAGCUCGCCAGAUGAAGGAGCAGCUCAGGCGGGAACAGCAGGCGCUGGACGGGAAGGUGGCUGUAGUGAACAGCAUAGGUCUCAACAACUGCCGGACCGACAAGGAAAAAACAACACUGGAGAGUCUGACUCAGCAGCUGGCAGUUAAACCGAAUGAAGAAGGGAAAUUUAGCCAUGGAAUGAUGGAUUUCAAUAUGAGUGGAGACUCCGAUGGAAGCGCUGGAGUUUCAGAGUCAAGAAUUUACAGGGAAUCUCGGGGACGUGGCAGCAAUGAGCCCCAUAUAAAGCGUCCGAUGAAUGCCUUCAUGGUGUGGGCGAAAGAUGAACGGAGGAAAAUCCUUCAGGCUUUUCCUGACAUGCACAAUUCCAACAUCAGCAAGAUACUGGGAUCUCGCUGGAAAGCUAUGACCAACCUAGAGAAACAGCCAUAUUAUGAAGAGCAGGCCCGCCUCAGCAAACAGCACCUGGAGAAGUACCCAGAUUAUAAGUACAAGCCCAGGCCGAAGCGCACCUGCCUGGUGGAUGGCAAGAAGCUCCGCAUUGGGGAGUACAAGGCCAUUAUGCGAAACCGGAGGCAGGAAAUGCGACAGUACUUCAAUGUCGGGCAACAAGCACAGAUUCCCAUCGCAACUGCCGGAGUUGUGUACCCUGGAGCCAUCGCCAUGGCAGGAAUGCCAUCCCCUCACCUGCCCUCAGAGCACUCGAGUGUGUCCAGCAGCCCAGAGCCUGGGAUGCCUGUGAUUCAGAGCACUUACGGCGUGAAGGGAGAGGAGCCUCAUAUCAAAGAGGAAAUCCAGGCUGAGGACAUCAACGGAGAGAUUUACGAUGAGUACGAUGAGGAAGAAGAUGACCCAGAGGUAGAUUAUGGGAGUGACAGCGAAAAUCAUAUUGCAGGACAAGCCAACUGAUAAGGGCCAACAGACUGCGGUGAGCUGAGGACUAACGAAGCCCUAGCUGCUCCAGCCAUGCCAGUGGCCAAGCACAUUAACUUUCUCAUACACUGACUGUUAUUUUAACUGUUAGUCUUAAAUAGUUGGGACAUCAGCUGACAAAUAGACCUCAGCCUCAAAAGGCUUGGAAAGGAAAACCAUUACAAGCAAACGACAUCAACAAGCGAUUGAAAUAAGCUAUGGGUAAAAACAAUGCCAGUAACUCAGCUGCUAUACCCCAGCACUGAAGUCUCACCCGUCAACUUUUUUUUUUUUUUAAUAAACUUUAUGGCUGUUUGUUCUAUAACUAGAAACUCUCACUCAGGUACACAGUGCCAACAAGUGGCUUGUGAAUGUGUUUUGUUGUUUUGUGCUACAAUUUUUAAAAAGAAAUAAGUUCUGUUUUGUUUUGUUUGGAGGGGGGUGGUUCUGGGUUUUUCUUUUUACCUUUUCUUUCCUUUUUUCUCCUUUGUGAUUGUUGUCUUGCACCUGACAGAAAGAGGGAGAUGGGCAUUUGAUCCCUCUACCUUCCCUAUCUCUGCUUUAAUGAUGGCGGCCUGUGUGUGAGGGUGGGGGAGAGAGGAAAAGAAGAGUCCGUUUUUGCCUUCCCUGCUUCGGCACCACAAAAUCAGCAAUCCUUUUCUUUAGAGACCUCUAACUCUUGCACACAACACUACGUCUUUGAGCAAGUGCCAAAUCCACACUGAAGCGAUCACCAACUUCAUUUUCUGCUCCUUCCUUACUCCUGCUCCUUCUUAAGUUGGGACAGUGUUAAACCUUCAGCAGUCCCUGGAAAGAGCUGAUGCACCAGCAACUGGUGAGAUUUAUUUUUUUUUUCAAUGGAAAAAUGUAGGUGCCGUUCUCAGGUGAAAAGAGAGAGAGAGACAUAGAAAUUUAGAGAAAAAUAUUUUCUGAUCUUGGAUUUCUGUGUGUGUAUGUGUGUGAUCAUGGUACAUUAGAUACAUUCCUAUUGGGAAUAAUGUUGGGCCAUUAUGAGCAAAACCCAUGUGUGGGGAUGGAAUCUCACUCCUCCUAAGCAAGUGGUCUAGAAGCAACCUUGACCUUGACAUUGCACUUCCAGCGACAAUGGAACUCAGCGUAGGGCUAAGAAAUUUUAUUUUCCAAUUUCUAGUAUGCUUAUUACUGGGGGGACCUGCUGGCCCUGUAUCAUGGAGAUGUGCUUGGCAAACAUGGAAGCUACCAGCCAAAUGCUUCCUGAGGUCCCUUCUCCCUGGACAAUUUGCUUCUUCUAAUGUUUGCUACUUAGUGGGGUGUGUGUGUGUGUGUGUGUGUGUGUGUGUGUGUGUGUGUGUUUCCUGUUGAAACUUUGAGCAAAACAAUCAUUGUUUUGAUUGAAUACAUUUGGCCAUUUUUCAGAAAUACAGAAUUAGCUUAUGUCUCCACCAUUCCAUCCUUUCCUGAUAGGGAAACAGAACGGAUGGUUCUAUAAGAUUUUCUUUUCAUCUCUCCAUGCAAUGAGGUCAGAGGCUGCAUUUCACAAAUGGGGGCAUGUGUAUUUCAUGCUCUAAGAACCAGGAUUCAGUUACAAUUUACCAUAGCACCACAAAGUGGAGCCUGGCUGAGCACAGAGACCCUUACUACUGCAUGGUCCUUCACUGUAGUUUGAGUCUACUAAAGACCAUCUGCCAGCAGGGUACAUGCUGAGAGAGUCAGUCAGUGGUUCCAGGGCUGCUGAUUCUGACAUCAUCUACCAAAGGGCCAAGGCAGGGGUACGGCCUGUACAAACACAGGAUCAUUUUAGGUCAUUCACUGUUGUUCAGAUUGAAAUCUCAGCCAGGAAGCCCCGGAGCCAGUGGCCUGGAGCUCUUACAGUGUUCCAUCCCAUUCUCAUUUUGUCCCGCCAAACACCGCCCUCCAGUUUGAAUUUUCACAUACAAAAAAGAAAAGAAGAAGAAAAAUCUUUUUGUUUUUCUCUCUCUCACAAAAGUCUUGCUCUGGGGUUUUGCUUGGAGGAGCUGAUCAUACCUGCAUGUCAGACGUUUGGUUCUAUUUUCUGUUUGUGGUUUGUUUGGGUUUUUUUUUUUAUGACUGUAUUUUCAUUUGAAUUGCCUUUUUGCUAGUGUUGUAAAAUGAUGAUAAAAUAAUAAUAAUAGUAAUAAUAAUAAUAAUAAUAAUAAUAAUAAUGGUCAGCUGUUCCCAGAUUAGUAAAUUAUGUAUAAUUUAUUUUAUUUCUCCCUUUCUAUUUUAUUCUGCUCUGAUUUGGAAGUACAACCAGGAAACUGUUAGGUAUUUAAAACUCACUUCUAUUUCCAGCUCAUACACACAUGUACACACAUACAUGUAUGUGUGCACAUGAUACACACAUACUCACCCAUACACCUGCUUCUCCAUCCAUAACUUCCUCUGUGUUAACAGUUUGGGCCCCAGUAGUGUUUAAUAUGAAGGGGUAAAUUAGUAGGAGGGUCAUGUUCAAUCUUAAUUAACUUAUGCUCUUUUCUCUCAUUUUAGUUAUUUAAUUACCAAUUAUCUAGAGCCAAUUUUUUGUUUGUUUUAAAGCAUUCUAAAUAAGAGAAAAAUAGACACUUGUUUUUAUACCAUUAUAACAUACAAUGUGAAAACAGAUUUAUAAAAAAAGUUGUUUCUCUGUGUCUGUUAACAAACCCUCCUGACUGAUGUGGGUUCCCCACCUCGUGUGCUGGGUUCCUCUUUCACAGCAUAUUCUAGACAAGCUUGCUUUUUAUUUCCUGGCCUUGGGCAGCAAGAAUACUUUGUUUUAGCUCCAGGUAGAUGCUACUAAAUGCAUCCAUGGCCAAAACUCAUCCCAACAUGGUGGUAUCUGAGCAAACUCUCUCUGCAUUUGUUUUAUUUGAAGGGAAAACAAAUUGUUCAUGGUGACCUGUAGCUGCCGAAACUCUCCAGUUUAGUUGAAUCUAUGUCCAUGAAUAACUGUGCCCAGACAAAACCACAAAGCAAGUCUGUAAUGUCCCAUCACAGUCUGUCCUGACAUUUUCUUCAGUGGAUGUUGAGUUUGCUUUGUCUAAGAGUUUUCCCCGGGGAACAACAAAAACAAAGAUAAUUCUAUUCAUGUCUGAAGUGCACUGAAGUCACUUGGGAAAAAAAUAAAAGGUGCUUUUAAUAGCAACAUAACUGUGUUAAACACUUUGCCCUUUGGGCGUUUGAUUGGGUGAUGAUUUUUGUAAAGGAUCCUAAACCUUAUAUUCUUUUCUAGGCCACACAUUGACUAGAUAAGAUAUGGUAGAGGAAAUAAGAUACAAUGAAAAGAUCAAAGUUAGCUACCUGCGUCCCUCAUUCCUUCUCCCCGCCUAUCUGUUCAAGCCACACCCCCACUUUCCCCAUUGUUCCUGCCUUUAUACGAACACUAAAAAUAAUACUGCCAGUUUCUUCUUUUUAUAUUUGUGAUUGGAACCUCAAAAAAUAGUCCUGUUUGAUAGAAAUAUAAGAAAAAUAUUCACCAGAAAAAAAAUGGGUUAAAGAUGUUUGUAAGUUAGUGAUUAUUUGGCUAGUUACUACACUCAGGAGAAACGGGUGUACGUACACAUACAUAUAUUUUUUACUCAGAUUAGUCAAGUGAACUUUGGAAGCUCAUUUGGCAUCUAGCUAAGAAUUACCUUUGUGCAAAACACCUCCCAAUAAACACAUUUAUCAUGGUUGAAACCAAAUCUUCCCACAGGGAAUGGAUAUUAAAGUAUAAAGUGUUCUUUAAUGAGGUCACUUUAUAUAUUUGAUUUCUAAAGUAUAGUUACCUUAGUCCACGUGAAGGAAAUUAUCUUUACCAUUUUAUGGUUCGUUUCAGAUAUUUUCUUAAUGCAGAAGCUGAUACUGUUCUCAGAAGAAUCCUCUUGUAUCUCAUUUAAAAUCAUAAAUAAUUAUACUUUCCUUACUCUAAAGGGUAAAUUAUUGAAUUGUAAUAACUGUAUAUUUACAAACAGGUUUAUAAAAUAUUUGUCUAUCAAGUUAAUAGUGAAAUAAAACUUUAAGAAGUCUGAAAGGAAAAAAAAUACAAACCCACUUAAAGUGGCUGAGCUAUCCUGUCUUGUAGGGCAUAGGCAUUUCUUUAGCCAGAUUUAUACAGUAUUUAAUUUUGAAGUUCCACAGGUUGAAGGUGACAUGUUGAGUUUCCCACUGAUGGGUCCCUGUCUGCCCCAGUGUGUCUGUCCCUGGCCCCCUAAGACAGUAUUUAUUCAGCUCCCCUGCCUCGAAUGCACUUAGUCUUUCUGACAGUUGGAUUUCACACGUGAAAAAGUUUUGUUUGUUUGGGUUUUUUUUUUAAUGAUUUUUUAAAAAGUAGAAAAGAGACAAUCAAUGCCUGGAGCUUAAAACAAAGUAUGUGCAAACUACCAUCUCACUUGAAGUUUAAUAAAGUAAAAGAAUUGUGUAAAUAUAACAUAGAGUUAUAGAUUUCUAUUUUGUUCAUAACACAUAGUGUAAUAUAAGUUGUAUAUUUUCAUGUUUUUUGGUUUUAUGUUAUCAUUCAUGCCACAAUAAGAAUAAAACAGGAGUUUGUGUACUCUUGGGAAAAAAAAAAAGAUGUGGGUUCCCACCAAGCUGUUUUUGCUUU